GCAAAAUCAGUGUGGAACUCGCAAAUAAAGAGUACAACAUACCAUCGCAUUUACGCAUAUACGUAGGUAUCUACGUUUUUCGAACGCAUUACGAUCAAUUAAAGUUAUUGACAAGAAAAAUUUUUAAAUGUGAUUACGCUGUGAAAAGAAUGGCAGGAGUAUUUGAUAUAGAAUUACACGACGGAGAUUCUAUAAAUCAAGACGAGUCGGACGAUGACAUCGUUGAAAAUAAAGAAGAUGAAUAUAAUGAUACUAUAAAUGUAAACACUAUAUUAGAAUCUGAUAAUUUAGAAAGAGUACAAUUAUCAGAACAGAAUGUCAAUGCAGGACAAGAAAAAACUGGUCCACAAGAUUUUGAACUAUGCAAAAUUCUUGGAGAAGGUGGAUACGGGAAAGUUUUUCAAGUAAAAAAAGUAACUGGGAAAGAUAAAGGCAGUAUUUUUGCAAUGAAGGUAUUACGGAAAGCAUCUAUUAUACGAAAUCAAAAGGACACAGCUCACACAAAAGCAGAAAGGAAUAUUUUGGAAGCAGUGAAACAUCCAUUUAUUGUAAACUUAAUGUAUGCUUUUCAAACUGGUGGUAAAUUAUACUUAAUUUUGGAAUAUCUUUGUGGAGGAGAACUCUUCACAUACUUAGAUAGAGAAGGCAUUUUCUUAGAAGAUACAGCUUGUUUUUAUUUGUCUGAGAUUAUACUCGCAUUGCAACAUCUUCAUAAUCAGGGUAUUAUAUACAGAGAUUUAAAACCAGAAAAUAUUUUAUUAGAUGGUGAGGGUCAUGUUAAAUUAACAGAUUUUGGUCUUUGUAAAGAACAUAUAGAAGAAGGUGCAGUAACACAUACAUUUUGUGGAACUAUAGAAUACAUGGCACCAGAAAUUCUUACAAGAAGUGGACAUGGAAAAGCAGUAGAUUGGUGGAGUUUAGGUGCUCUGAUGUUUGAUAUGCUUACUGGAAUGCCACCAUUUACAGGAGACGAUAGAAGAAAAACAAUUGAAAAGAUUUUACGUGGGAAGUUAAGUUUUCCAUUAUACUUAACACCCGAUGCAAAAGACUUAAUACGAAAACUAUUAAAGAGACAAGUACUGCAAAGACUGGGAUCUGGACCAGAAGAUGCUGAACAAAUUAUGAAUCAUAAUUUCUUUAAACAUAUUAAUUGGCAGGAUGUAAUUUCGCGGAAGUUAGAACCUCCUUUUAAACCAUCAUUAAAAAGUGCUGAUGAUACAUCACAGUUCGAUGAGCAAUUUACAGCAACUGUACCAGUCGAUUCUCCAGUUGAAAGUACCUUAAGUGAAUCUGCAAAUAUGAUUUUUCAAGGUUUUACAUAUGUAGCACCAAGUGUCUUGGAGGAAAUGUGUACACAACCAAGAGUUGUAAAUGCUCGCAGCCCACGAAAAGGUCUGUUAAGUACAGGAUUCAGUGGAAGUCUUCACAGUUUGUCAUCAAGAUCACCUGAUGCCCAUCUUCGUACAGCUUCUCAGUUUCACCAACAUAGGCAUCACAUUGUAAGUUCAAAUAAUAUGGAUGAUACCGAAAUGGCGGAUAUAGAUCCGCUUUUUAAUUUUUAAGGCGUU